AUGCGCGCCGUCAUCCAGAGAGUGAAGUCGGCAUCAGUCACGGUCGAUGGUGAAGUGGUCAGCAGCAUCGGCCCCGGAUUACUGUGCCUGAUUGGAAUUCGAGAAACGGACACUUUGACGGAUCUGGAAUUCAUCUGCAAGAAGAUAUUGACGGUUCGUGCGUGGCCGCAUCCGGAAACAAAUAAAGCCUGGGAUGUCAACGUGACAUCUGCAGGCCUGGAGAUAUUGCUUGUUUCGCAGUUCACAUUAUACGCUCGGCUUAAAAAGCCAAAGCCAGACUAUUCUAAAGCCAUGGGGCCCCAACAGGCAAAGGAAUUGUACUCGCAGCUCGUGGAGGAGGUACGGCGACAGUACAUGGCCGCGCGCGUCAAAGACGGAAUAUUUGGCGCCAAAAUGGAUGUGGCGCUGGUCAACGACGGCCCAGUCACCUACAUGUUGGACAGCGCAGAUCGCGACGGGUAG